AUGACACAUCCUUGGGUGGCUGUCGACUCCAAAUCGUUCCUACCCAUGACACUCACGGUAAUGGACCAGCAAGGUCCGGAUGCGCCCCGUUCCGUACUAUCCGAUGCCAUGUCCGUGUUCACGCCAUCGGCAAGCUAUUUGUCUUCACAAAAUCCGAGUACCAUUCACGUAUCCAUACAUCUCCCAGGUGCGCUAACGUAUUGUAUGCCAGUUCUUAUAUUUGUCAUUUUGUAUUUAUUCAGUGCCUCUCGAUUUAUCCUGACGCAACGCAAUCAUAUGCAGGAACAUAGAUCAUCCUGUCUUAAUUUUAAUCCCGAAAAAUGCCUUGAAUGUAUUUUUACUUUAAACCGUCCGUUCCCCAUCUCCAUCCGGCAACGUACAGUUUCGGAGAUAAGAAGAUUGCGUCACGUCUGUUCUUAUUUUUCGGUGAUAGGAGCUUUUCUUCAACAAUGUGCUCUCUUUAUACUGCAUUACUGCUCCCCUGUGAUUUUCCCUGGCUUGCUGAAGGCCGAUUUCAAGCAGUUGAGGCGUGAUCUUUCAAUGACCAGUCGUGCUUCCCAUGUUCCGUUAUCUUUUCUGAUUGACAAGAUCUGUGAUGCUCAUUUUGAUGCGUACUUGAAGUUUGCUCACAAUAUUCUGUCUAAUUGCACCCAUCCUUUACACAUUGACCUCUGUGCAUGCAAAUCCCACCCGUUCCAGAUACAAAGUCAUCCCAUCUCGAGUAUCGGCCUACAGAAAUUCUUUGAUAACCUAUCCUUCCCGGACUUACUUAUACAGAUCGCAUCGAUGUACUUUACAUCAUAA